UCAUUAUAGUUAACUAGUUUGAUCUUAUAACGCCAGAUGGCACAUCGGUCUGCAGAGCAGUAUUGAAUAAAAUGCGCAUGGCCGCUUCUAAGUUUCUAUUUACUCUAUUGAAACACGUGUGUACAUAAUCGUAAUCUUGUCUUUCGUUUGAUCAUCCAUAUAUUUGUUUUAUAAAGAAUAAUAAUGGGGUUAAAACAUAAAUUAAUCAGAAAACGAAAGCAAGAAGAAAAUAAUGAUGCACAAGUACCGACGAAAAAAAUAUUGGAAGAAUCCGCUGUUACAAAGCCCAAAUGGACCAACAGGCAACGAGUAUUAAUAUUUGCUACUCGAGGGAUCAAUCACAGGCAUCGACAUCUCAUGGAAGACUUGAAAAUACUUAUGCCACAUCAUCGACCUGAAUGCAAAAUGGAACGUACCAAGACUUUGCAAGUGGUAAAUGAAAUGUGCGAGAUGAAGAAUUGCAAUAAAGUUAUCUUGUUUGAAGGUCGGCUGAAGCGGGAUCUUUAUAUGUGGAUCGCUAAUGUACCUAAUGGUCCAACUGUAAAAUUCCUUGUGGAAAACAUUUACACAAUGGGAGAACUGAAGAUGACUGGAAACUGUUUAAAAGGAUCUCGACCAUUACUUUCAUUUGAUGAAUCUUUUGUCAAACAUGCACAUUAUAAUCUCUUGAAGGAGUUAUUGAUGCAAAUAUUGGGAGUACCUUAUCAUCAUCCAAAAAGUCAACCAUUCCAUGAUCACGUAUACAUGUUUAGUAUUCUGGAUAAUAGAAUAUGGUUCCGAAAUUUUCAAAUUUUAACUGAAGAUGGUGCAUUGGCUGAAAUUGGGCCAAGAUUUGUACUCAAUCCUGUCAAGAUAUUUGCUGGAAGUUUUACUGGUGAUAUUUUGUGGGAUAAUCCCCAUUAUAUUUCCCCUGCUAAGUAUCGGCAAUCGUUGUCGAAAAAAGCAGCAGGAAAAUAUAAAAACAGAAUAGAACAAAAAAUGGCACAAGAAGUAAAUAAGCCUGAACAAUCUUAUGCUCUUAAUCCCACGGAUGAAAUAUUUAAGGGUGGUAUAUUAGAAAAAGCAAUAGAAGUGCAAGAAAAGUUUGAAGUCUCAGGUGAGAAUGAAGAGUUUACAAAGGACAAAGCAAAACAGACAAAGAAGCCUGUAAAGCCUAAAAAGAAAGUAGUGAAACGAAAACAAUUGCAAAAAAGAAAAUAAAAUUGUCAUGGAAAUACAUAUA